AUGGAUUCUUCGAAUAGUGGAGUUCCACCGGGGUUCCGGUUCCAUCCGACGGAUGAAGAGCUCCUUCACUACUAUCUUAAGAAGAAGAUUUCAUUCCAGAAGUUUGAUUUGGAGGUGAUUAGGGAGGUGGAUUUGAAUAAGAUGGAACCAUGGGAUUUGCAAGAGAGAUGUAGGAUAGGAUCUGCUCCACAGAACGAGUGGUACUUCUUCAGUCACAAGGACAGGAAAUACCCAACCGGUUCAAGGACGAAUAGAGCCACAAAUGCAGGGUUUUGGAAGGCAACUGGGAGAGAUAAAUGCAUCAGGAACAGCUACAAGAAGAUUGGUAUGAGAAAAACCCUAGUCUUCUACAGAGGGAGAGCUCCCCAUGGCCAAAAGACUGACUGGAUUAUGCAUGAGUACCGGCUUGAAGACAGCGAUGAUCCUCAAGGCAACCUCAAUGAGGAUGGCUGGGUAGUUUGCCGAGUUUUCAAGAAGAAGCACUUAUUCAAAAUUGAAAAUGGUGGUGGCGGUGGCGGUGGCGGUGGUCUUUACUCAUCAUAUCACCAACUCAACAACACAUUGAGUUCCAACCAGCCUGGUACCCUCACUCUCAGAGACACUGAGUACCUCCAUCGACAACACAUUCAUGGCCUUGCCCUUCACUACUCCCACAUCCCAGCUGCUCCUCCUUACUCCAAUAUGCAACCUCAACCCAUUCUCCAUGACUUCUCCACUCUUCUUCCUUCAGACACUACAAACAACCCAUCAAUGGUCAAGAACCUCUUGUCAAACCAGAGAGAUUGCGACAGCGGUGGUGGCAGCGAGAGCCUCGGGGCCGGGCAAGUACAUUAUCAACCUCAUCAUCAAGCCUGUGAAGCAGGUCUAGAGGUUGGAACAUGCGAAGCAACUCAACAACACAUGGUGGGAGGAAGAGAUCAGGAGGGCAUCAAUGACUGGGCCAUGCUAGUAAAUUCCCAUCUUGGUCAAGAGGAUUCCUCCAAAGAAGUGAGGUUUGGGGAUGCAAAUCCUACAUCAGUACACCAAAUCAAUCAGCUUUCACUCCGCGGAGAGAUGAUGGACUUUUGGGGUUAUGGGAAGUAGAAAUAAUGGACUUUUGGAUGUAAACCAAUCCAAAACUAUUUCUUAAAAUUUAUCAAGAAUUUGUUGGUCUAUUAAUAUUUGUUCUUAGAUGUGAUUAAUGAACUAUUGUUGGUGAGAAAAGAAGUAAAACUAAUGUGGGUUUAAGCUUCUUUUCCCAUGCC